AUUAAUUGGUCAAGAAAGAAUUCAUUCCACUGUGCGUCGGACCUGAUUGGUCCGUGGCCCCGUCAGUUUUCCGACGUCUCCAAAGCACCGCCCCCGCUGAAAAACCCUUGUGCGCGGCUCCUUCCUCUGGCGGUGACACCAGGAACGUCCUUCCCCGUCGUGUCGGAUCUCCACGGUACGUACCGGUGUGUGGGGCUUGUUCGUGUUAGCGGCUGUGCCGGUGGUUCGCUGGGUAAAGAGCCGCUGGAGCCUCGGCGGUGUCCGGUUAACCCUCCGCCGCUGCCGGGGUCCGGUUGACCGGGUGAUGCUGUGAUGUGAAGUGACAGGUCUGGCUGCGCUAUGCUAGCUGCAGCUAAGGUGAUUAAACUGCAGUCAGUGUGGAGUACAAGUUCAGGAGUGAAUGUGGACAGACGCUUCAUCAGCAGGCCCUGAGCUGGCUGAUCCCACAGCAGAGAGGAAAACCUUGUUUUGGGUGAAUGUGAGGGAGCUUUGGAGAACUGUGGCCUGAAGGCAUUUCGAUUUCUCUGAGAUGUCAGUCAGACAAGCAGAAGGGAUGUCCAUCGCCCAGGCUUUGGCCAUGACCGUGGCGGAGAUACCGGUCUUUCUCUAUUCCACAUUUGGUCAGUCCAUCUUUUCUCAGCUAAAACUUACACCAAACCUGAAGAAGGUGCUCUUUGCCACAGCGAUAGGCAGUGUUGCUCUGGCUCUCACUGCUCAUCAGCUCAAGAGGCGGGGGAGAAAAAGGAACCAGGCAACACAACGGAAGGAGGGCCAGAAGACAGUGGGAAUACCUGAAGGACUGAGGAAGACAGGAAGACCCUCUUCAUUAAAGAGAGGUCAGUUAACUGGUCGUCAGAUGAUGAGUCCGAGCAACAGGAGCAACGACACCAUGAGUGGAAUUUCUUCCCUGGCUCCCAGUAAACACUCAAGUUCCUCACACAGCCUUGCAUCAAUGCGGGUCCCAAGCUCCCCAAACCAGUCUGCCAACCCAUCCACGCCCUGGGAGGCCGAACCUGUGGCAGAAGAGUCAGGGGCACUAGAGGAUGCGAACGCAGAGAAUCUGUAUUUAAUUGGAAUGGAGCUUUUUGAGGAAGCUCUGAGAAAGUGGGAACAAGCCCUGAAUAUUCGCCAUCACGCCUCCUCAACCUCCAGCAACAACAGCCUCGCUCUGCAGGGGGCAGCGUGUGGAGACUUUCCCAUGGCUGAAGCCCGUAAUACAGGGUUUGCUGACAAGUUAGAGACUCUACUGCACAAGGCGUACCACCUACAGGAGGAUUUUGGCAGCAGUAUCCCUACAGACAGCGUGCUGGCAGACUUUGAGAGUGAAGGAACUCUUAUCUUGCCUCAAGUGGAGAAUUUCCACAGACUGCAAGAUGAUGAUGCGACUACUGUUACCUCCGACGAGUCCUUCUUCUCGGCCGCAGAGCUGUUUGAUGCCAUGUCUCUGGAAGAGCACUACCAGCCUCUGAAGCCUGCAGCUCUUUAUGCAGAAGCCUUGUCUCUGGUACGAGAGGGAAAAGUGUCAUAUAGGUCCCCGAGGACUGAACUACUUGAAUGUUAUGGUGAUCAAGAUUUCCUUGCCAAACUUCACUGUGUGAGACAAGCAUUCCAGGUGCUGCUGUUAGAUGAAACUCAUCGCACGUUUUUCAUGGAGACCGGGAAGCAGAUGAUUACAGGGUUAAUGGUGAAGGCAAACAAGAGUCCUAAAGGCUUCCUAGAGAGCUACGAGGACAUGCUGCUUUACACCCAGAGAGAGGAAACGUGGCCAAUUACGACGAUGGAGCUAGAGGGCCGAGGAGUGGUGUGUAUGAACUUUUUUGACAUAGUGUUGGACUUCAUCCUAAUGGACGCAUUCGAAGACCUGGAGAGCCCUCCCUCAUCUGUGGUAGCUGUGCUGAGGAAUCGCUGGCUCUCUGACAGCUUCAAAGAGACGGCUCUGGCGACUGCUUGCUGGUCUGUCCUAAAAGCGAAAAGGCGUCUGCUCAUGGUUCCUGAUGGUUUUAUCUCCCACUUCUAUGCCAUAUCCGAACAUGUGAGCCCAGUUUUAGCUUAUGGGUUUUUGGGACCCAGGCAGCACCUAAGUGAAGUCUGCACUAUCUUCAAGCAACAAAUCGUGCAGUACCUUAAGGAUAUGUUUGACCACGACAAGGUCCGCUUCACCUCUGCUAGCAGCUUGGCUGAGGACAUCCUGAACCUUUCCCACCGGCGCAGCGAGAUUUUACUGGGGUAUCUGGGGAUCAACAGACUUGUGGAGCUCAACGGUUCCCCGCCCAGGGACACCGAGAGCUCUUAAGGGCCCAGCUCAAACAGCAUGAAGGGUUACUGAGGGCUUCAUGGGGCUUGUGCAGGCCGGACGCAGCGGAGUCGCAGCUCAGCACUUGAUCUGCACUAAGACUGGAUUAAAUCAUACUCCUGUGAUAAACUGGGAACCACAGUUAAUUAUUCAUUCAUCAUCAAACACUGACAGAGGAUAUAUUUUCACUAGCAUCACUGGUUCUAAUGAGGGAAACUGGUUGGACUCCACCUCUCCCUUGUUAUCAGCUGCUGGGCUGCGUAUCCGGAGAAUGCCUACAUGUGAUCUCAGACGUGUGAGGAUGUGUCUCUUACUUGUUGGGUGGCUACUACUAAACACACGAAACAGAAGCAUGGGGAACAGGUGAAAACUGUCCCUUCCACAUUAUUCUUUCACGUGGAGCAAGUGUCUUUCAGAUAACUAGUGGUUGCACCUUCCAUUCGUCUGACGUGUGAAAACACAUGGAAUAUCAUUGUCUUCACUGUUACGUGAAAAGAAGUGUGUUGACAUGUUUUGUUUUAUAUUAAAGGGGCAAAGGUAUUUGUUAAAUCCAUGAUAAUGUGUGACAGAUUUGCAGUGUGUAAUGAAGGACGUAAUGAAUUUAUCUCCUCACUAAUGCUACUUAAGUCCUCUUUAAUUUAAAAAGUAUUUAUUCCAGUUUGAUUUGGUCAAGUAGGCUAAGAUGUGACAUAUCAGAGUGACUGUAUUAAGAAGUGUAGUGUAAUGACAAUGAAAUAAGGUCAUCCUGAAGCUAUAUGCAGACCCCAGACCAUUUCUCAUAUAGUCUUCUGGACAUAGCAGUGAUCCCGCGAAGAUGCAACUUUCUCCAAGUCAUAGGGAUCCCACACUUUGUCUGGCAAUGAAUCCCAUGGCACAAACAAACUGCAAAUAACAGAAACAUAUGUUUUAAUACUAUUACAUAGGAUUGGUGUGGAUUAGUAAUAACUACCUUAAAUUCAGCAUUAGGUGAUGCAUAAAUUCUUACAGUUAAUUCGUUACCUUUCUGUAACACGGUGAGGUUGGUGGGCUUGGCAGAGCCCGCCACUAGUUUAUUAAUUGGUUUUGCCAUGUGAAUCGCUUCCAAACACUUGGGCCUUUCUGCGAAAGUAUCCAAACCCAAGUUAUAUGAACAUAUAAACCUCUGUUUUCAGUGCAAUGUUUGAAACAGUAGUAGAUAUGGAGUAUGGUUGUUUUUCAACCAUCAUGGGUUAUUUGUUAUUCAUGAGUAUAUGAUGAGUGAAAAAAUUCCGUUUUUCUCAGUGGGUCUGAUUUUUCACAGCAGACAUUUGUCAGCAUUCUAACAGGAAAAGCACCAGUGUUUGUAAUAACAGUAACAACGGCUCUGUUUUAUUCAAGUGUCUCAGUAAACCAUGACGGCAGUGGUGGAAAAUUAAUGAUUGAGGUUUUGCUGAUUAAACUGUUGAACAGUGUUUAUACAAGUUAGAAUUCACUCUGCUUCAGCCAAUCAUAACAGUGACAGGCUCCUUACACAGUAAAGCAUUAGUAAUAAUAACCCUAUUAUAUAUUGUAAUAAUCCUAUUAUAUAAUAACAUGUACAUGCAAUAUAGCCCCAUUUAAAAAAAAAAUUCUGCAUAAUAACAGCUUUUACUUUUGAUACUUAAAUGCAUUUUACUGUCACUGCUUUUUGUCAACUUCUGUGUUUGAUUGCACUGCAUUUGAUUAUUAAUUAUUACUAUAACUAAUAGUGGAGCUUUUAUAAAAUAUUCUGAUUGUGCAAUCAUGGCCCAUUUUGCACAAUACCAGCACCCUGAAACUGAAGCAGCUCUAUGGAACUGGGCCAUCAUUGGUUUUAUUUACACUUGUGCUUUUCCCAACGCAUCAAACUAAUAAGAAUAAUAAUGAUUGCAUUAUAAAAAUAAGAAAAAUGUCUUCUGUGAAAAAGGUCAAUGCUCAUGGCUGUAACAAAGUGAACACAGCGACUACCAUCGAACACCUUUAGAAACUGAAAGAUAAAACUCGGCCUCAAGUGUGAUAUGUGAUCAAAAACACAUUUUCCCUUUCAUCAAAUCCACAUACUGUGUGUUGUUGGUUUUCUUCUCUGCCCAUUUUAAAAUAGACACGACCAGUAACAGCACCAGUAUUAGUCUAAGGUUGUUUUGUGUCUGAUCUCAUGCAGACUUUUACUGAAGAAGUGGGCAUUGUACAGUCUGACUGUUACCUACAUAAGUGCACUGAUGAAAACCCCUGUGUUCCUCUUGUUUUCCCAAUAACUGAGCUUGUUGGAGCACGGAGACACUGAAGGGACGCGAAGAUGCCAAGUGAAAUGGAGUUUUAUGCAGACUGAAGCUCAUUUUUGUUAAAGAAAACUAUCAAAAACUUAAUUAAUCUUAAUGAAAUAUGAUUAUUCAUGAAAAUGGAAACAGUGGCUUUGUGGUUGUCUGCAACAUUUCUGUCUCAUUCUGAAAUUCACAGGAAUUUCUUUUAUCAUACAUUGUUAUGCAUUAAUUUUGUGAUCUGAGCUCUUGUUGCAACAUGCCUCUGAAGGUCAGAGCUCAUAAGUCUUUAUUUUUAAAUGCAAUGCAAUCCUUUGUCCAGAAUCAGCAUUGAAGGGAUUAUUUCUGAUGAUUAUUUCCUUUUCAAUCACACAUGAACUUGCAGCUGGAGAUGGAGCCUUUCCAGAAAAAGAUUUAGUUCUGUGUUUUGAUAGAUAUGCAGCUUUGUGUUCUGAAGCAUUUUGCACUUUAUCAGAAAAGCAGAAAGAUACAGGAAUGUCCCACAACUCUUAUAAUUUGAAUAAUUAGUUUGAGAACAAUAAUUAAGCAGUUGAAAUUACUCCACGACAGAAGUGAUGUACUGUUGAUAACACAGAACACAUAGUAUAAAAAAAAAACUAUAUUCCCAGAAACCUAUGUUACGCAAGAUAUUUAUUCUGGUUACUAUGAUAACUUUAAUGAUUUAGUGUCCAUGUUGAAUGUAAACAUCUUGACUGUGUGUGAUCAAAUCCCUGAUGAACUGCUUUAGUAAUCUGUUUUCUCCCCAGUUUCAGUCCGUUGUUGUAGAUCAUCAGCAGUAUGUAUCAUGCAGGCAAAUGCUAAUGUUUAGGUUGUUAGUCUCCUAUGAUUGGUCUGCUUCCACUGUGUCAUGAGAGUAGAUCAGUUUGAUUCCUCCAGCAGCCUUUGCAUGUUUCGCAAUGUAGACUCUCUUCAAAAUGCAUCAAUCAUAUAUGUACUGCAGCAUUUCGAAGCAGGCUCAUCCCUAUAGUUGCUGUUGUUGUUAGUUUUUCAAAAGCCCCAAUUAGAAAUACUCUGAAUGAAAUGUUUAGGAACUGAAAGUCAUUUGAAAGUCAAUAUUCAGGCAAUCACUUAGGGGAUUAUAGUUUUACGAGGAUUUCUGAUGGCCAAAAUGAUUUUAAUGCAAUACAUUACAAGUGUCCUAUUCAUGCCUUUUGUCUUUUCUAUUGUUAAAUUACAAUGCCAGCACAACCUGUCCAUUGAUUUUGAUUCUCCAUAUUAAUUAAAUGUGAUUUUUUUUGUUAUUAAA